UUGACAACAUUCGGGGAUUGUGCGGUGGAGAUAUGAUUAGGCAUUUUCACACUUUUUUUUAGAUUUUAUAUUUAGGCCUACUCUAUAAAAUUAAUAGUCUUCAGUAAAUUGUGUACAUUAUUGUAAACACCAGUUGCUUUUUCUAUUAAUCAUCAAUUAUUAUCACGAUAAUAUUAUAAAGAAGAAAUUUAGUAUUUAGUCGAGUACCCACACAGUACACAGUUAUGAGUUACGUAAGAAAAGUUCAAAAGAAAGAGUUUAAAGUUUAAGAUCAAGUAAAGAAUAAUUAGCGAAUGAAGACUUCAUUGAAGUUCCACAAUUCCCGCAAGCAAAACCAAGUUCUAAGCUAAGCCAAAUCACCAAACAAGUAAAGGUAACCAUGAGUCGCAGAGACAGUGAUGGCACUGAGGUUGAUCUCCAUGGUUACUCAGACAACAUCCCCAGUGAAGAAGAGGAGGGCCACUUACAAAAUGAUGAAACAACCCAUCCUCAUGGUUUGACGGUGCGCUAUGUCUACCCACGUCUUAGAUACAGCACCCUGUUUAGGGGGAUUGUGUUGGUUGAUGCCCUCGUUACGGUUGUGUUGUGGUUAACAGGAGGAGAUUCAAAUUACUUCAUCAAUAACAUCAAAAAUUUCAAAUUCUCCCUAUCAGUGUUUGACUUGGCCGUCCUUUCUGUCGUUAAAAUUCCAUUUUAUUUGUUCAUGGUCAGGCAUGCAGAAAAAAAAGCUAUUCGAUUUCUCGAUGCUGCUUACAACCACUCACUCAGGUCAAGAUUUUUAUCCAAUAUUGCCAUGAUCUGUUCAAUCUCCUUCAUCGCCUUUGUGUUCACUGUAGUCAAAGGCAGUCUGAUCUUAGAAAAAAUAUUAUCCGAGGCCGCGACCUACCCUGGUAUGCACAAGACAUAUUAUGCUUGUGUUAUAUGGAGCGCCAGCUGUAGUUUUAUCAUCUUUGUGCUGUCUGUGUCUGCAAAGUGCGGGUUUAAGACACUCCAGGCUCAGCGGGUGAAAAAGUUUUACAACAGGGAGGGCCGAGAGGUGGACAAGGACGGGAAGCCUGUACAGAGAAAAGUGAACCUGUAUAGGCUGGCUCUUCUGGCUAAACCUGAAGCAGGGCUUAUUACCAUUGGUAUGGUGGCUCUAUUGAUGACAACAGCUGUACAAACUGUUGCACCUCUGUUUUUUGGGAAAGUGGUGGAUGCUGCUUUAGAAAGCAUGGAGAGCUUAAACAGAACUGUUUUGAUACUGCUGGUGAUAUACCUAGUGGGCUCUGUAUUUAGCUUGGUGAGAGCCUGGAUAUUUACCCUCGCUGGCCAGCGUCUGGUAGCAAGGCUGCGAUCUCAGUUGUUUGGCUCUGUUGUUGUUCAGGAAAUUGCUUUCUUUGAUGUAAACAGAACAGGAGAGCUGUGUAAUCGUCUUUCAUCAGAUACAACAGUUCUACAAAAUGCUGUCACAGUGAACUUGUCAAUGCUUUGCCGCUACUUGCUCCAGAUCAUUGGAUCACUUGCGCUCAUGUUCUACUUGAAUGCUUCUCUGACUGGGGUGCUCCUGGCUAUUGUUCCUGUGGUCACUCUCAGUGCCAUGCAGUAUGGUAAAUUUGUGAGGAAAAUGCGCAAGUUAUUUCAAGAUCGCCUGGCUGAUGCUGGAACUCAAGCAGAAGAGGCUUUGUCUUCUGUGAGAACUGUCAAGUCUUUUUCUGGUGAGGCCAAGGCUACAUCAGUUUACAGUGACUUUAUUAAUGAGAGCUACAAGAUUGGGAAAAAACUGGCACUUGCCCAAGGCAUCAUGGAUGGCCUGUUCAGCUUCCUAGCAUAUGGGUCCAUGUCAGCUGUUCUGUGGUAUGGUGGGAAACUUGUUUACGACAACUCUAAAGACCCAACCACUGGAAUAACAGCUGGCCUGCUGACCUCAUUUCUUUUGUACACACUACAAGUUGCAAUGGGAUUUGCAUUGUUAUCAUCUCUCUAUGGAGAUUUUAUGCAGGCUGUGGGAGCUUCAAUGCGUAUAUUCACCCUACUGGAUAGAAAGCCUGAGGUCUAUACACCACCAAAUCCUCUGGUAUUGGCUACGUUAACUGGUGAAAUUGAGUUUAAGAAAGUUUCAUUCACUUAUCCCUCUAGACCUGAGGCACAAGUGAUCAAGAAUUUGUCUUUUAAAGUGGAGCCAGGUCAGAUGGUGGCACUAGUAGGGCCCUCUGGUGGUGGCAAAUCAACUGUUGUCAGUUUAAUAGAACGAUUCUAUGACCCUGAUGAUGGAUAUAUUUUAAUGGAUGGUUGUGAUUUAAAACUGCUGGACACCACGUGGUUCCGGCAAAAAAUUUCUAUGGUCAGUCAAGAACCAACUUUAUUUGCUUGCUCCAUCAAAGAAAACAUUGCGUACGGGCGCGCAGCAACAGAUGAAGAGAUUACUGAAGCAGCAAAGCAAGCCAAUGCACAUGACUUUAUCUCCGAGUUUGAAAAAGGCUACGACACCCUGGUCGGUGAGAGGGGUGUCAGGCUGUCGGGUGGCCAAAAACAGAGGAUAGCCAUUGCCAGGGCUCUCAUUAUGAAUCCUACACUUCUGCUACUAGAUGAGGCAACAAGUGCUUUAGAUGCUGAAAGUGAACACCUGGUCCAAGAGGCCGUGGAUAGGGCUAUGAAGGGUCGCACUGUUAUUGUUAUAGCUCACAGACUCUCCACUGUCAGGAAUGCUCACAAGGUCAUUGUGAUAGACAAGGGUCAGAUUGCAGAAAUGGGAACACACAGCGAGCUACUGGCCAAACAUGGGGUGUACAAGAAACUUGUGUUACGGCAGCUGACCGCUGGCUACCCAGUGGACCAAGGAACAGACAGGAACGGCUUAACGUCGCCACAAUUAGGGCACAAUAUCAACGGGAACAGUUUUUAUGUCAACGAGGGACUCACCCCCGACGAGAUGGACAACAGUGAUGAUGAAAACCUCAUAGAUUUGAAAUGAUCCACAACUGAUCGGACAUAGCUAAAGCUUUUAUAUUCCAUCAUUUUGUUCACAAGUUAAAAAUUCUAGAUUCAAUUGUGAUUUUUUCUUUUCUUUUUCAUUUACCGAAUAGGGCAAAGCAUAAUAUAUUUAAUUGACUAUGUAAAUAAUACUUAUGUUUUUAACAAGUCAUCUGCAGUAUGUUCAAUACAGUUUAUUCUAUAGUGCAAUUCUGGUUUAAACUGCCAGCAACAAUAGAGUUCAAAUGUUUACUAGCUCAGGUGAUUGAGAGUGAUAUUAACUGUUGUAAUAUGUAUGUUGUCUUUCUAUGUACAUUUGUAUCUUCAAAUAUAAUAGGAAUUUAAAAAAAUGAAACAGCUGCUGUCAAAAAAUGAAUCAAACUUUGUAAAUAGAACUCUAAUGAAAAUUCUGUCUCCUUACUUUGAUGUGUCAUUUUGAUUUGAUUUUUAAUUUAAGGCUUAAGUCAAUUGUAAACUUAAUGAGUAAUUUAAUGAGUAAUUAGUUAUAAUUUUUAUUGAAAUAACCAGUGGAGAAUGGCAUGAUUAAUGAGCACAUGAUUUCUAACCUGAAUGCUUAAUAUAUUGUUUUCUGGACUUGACCCCCAUCAGAUGUCCCUGUUAAACCACUUAACCUGAUUCAAUUAGUAAAGAUUCCUCAACAUAAAGGGGUAAUGUGUUCAGCACUAACCUGAUUCACUAAAUGGAAAGUAAAGGCAGCUGCUCAUAGUCCUGACCACACAUCCCUCUUCAUAUUUCAGAGAUUAAAGAAAGAGAUAGAACUCUAUUUACAUUGUCUUUUGGAAUCUCUGGUCUGUAAAGAGUCCCUAUUUUAAACCAAUGGGCCUAUUUGAGUUUCAAGUUCCUUUUCAUGUAUUUUAAACAAGUGACCAUCCAUCUCUAAGAACAAUAAAUAUUUACACAUUUUUAAAAUGAAGUAGUAACAAAGCUACAUAAAUAUCUGUUUGUUAGUUAGAACACUGUUAUUUUUACCCUCUCAUCAACAUCAAAGUUUUGUAUCGCCAAAUAAAAUGACAA